AUGCAGAUCAAGAACAUCAUCGCUAGCCAGCUCGUCGCUGUCGGCCUCGCCUCUGCCCUUCCCCAGGCCACCGUCACCGCCACCACUCCUGUGGCUACCCCCUCCGCCUUCACCAUCCUGACGCUGCGAUCUGCCAGCGACAUUCACUUCAACCAGUUCAACGCCGCUCUGAGCAGCGUCUUCCUGCAGUUGCCCAAGUCAAACGCCUCUUGCGAUGCCACCUCAGAUGGCGCCGCGACCUUCUACCUGAACGACGGCGGCUUGUUCCUGUACUCCAACAGCAACCCUCCUCAGCAGCUCUACGCUGACCGCUCUGGAAUGGGCCAAGGCAAGUUCGGCUACGUCACUGGAGCCCAGCCUCCUCCCCGCAACGCCGAGCUCACCGGCUGGGGUCUCGACGACGCCGGUAACCUGAACCUCGACGGUGCCGGCUUCCUCGCCUGCCCCAACAGCAUCGACGACUCGUGGAGUGUCUGGGUCAACGCUGGUGUUGACCAGCCCGCCGGUAACGAGGGAUGCCUGGGAUUCUCUGCUCGCGCUGUCGAGAGCCUCAACCCCAACGCUUGCCUGUACACCCAGUAG